UCAGGGGUCAGAGUGAAGGAACGCGCAUGUCGCUGCUGGGCUGUUCGAACGUAGCGGAAAUAGAAACAUGCAGCAAAGUUUUUCCUAAGUUUGGCGCGCGCUUGUUUUUAAAUUCACCCUCAUCACAAACAUGACCUCAAAUAUUACAGAUGCCUCGCAGGACGAGCUGAUCAAUUUAAUAUAUCACCAUUUAAAGGACAACGGCUACAAGAAAGCAGCCAACGUGCUGAGAAAGCACGCGCCCCAGGUUGAAACUGAAGGAGUGAAAGCAUCAUUGAGUGAUAUCUUUAAGAAGUGGGCAAGCUCAAGUGAUGGAGAUAUUCCUCUGGUGCCUUCUGGUGUUCGGACUCCAAAGAGAAAGAAAGGCUCUUCAACUGGAACCAAGUCUAAGAUCACAGCCCCCUCUGCUGUAGUUGGUCCAAAAAAGUCUCUAAGCAACAAGACUUCAGGAUUGGAGAAAAAAUCUACGAAGCAGAAGAAAAAAGAAACUGCGACAAAACCAAGAAAAAGAAAAAAGUCCACUUCUGAAGCCACUCCGGGGAAUGAUUCGGAUUCAGACUCUAGUUUAGAUGUGGAGAAAUGGAGGAAAAUGCUUUCUCAGUUAUCAGAUUCUGAUCGAGCGAAGAUGGAUGUUUUGUCAACCUUGGAUGAAUCUCCUGUCUCCUCACCCGCGAAGUCUUCAGCAAAGGGAAGGACGACAAAGAAGCCGGCAAGAGCUAAAAAGGAGGGAAACCCAGCCCAGAAGCGAAAGACCAAUACACCAGCAAAGAAAGUGACUGCCAAACCUGAUGACAUUCCUGUAACAAGCGAUGCAUCUGAGACUCCUUCAAAAAAGUCAAAAGGCAAAGGUGCUGCAGCUAUUUCUGAACAUCCUGAAGUUAAUACACCAUCUAAAAAGGCUGGGAAUAAGAAAAAUAGUAGUAUCUCAGGUCUUGAUGUGGUUAAGACCCCUAAAAAAACUAAAGGUAAAAAUGCUAACUCAUCUGUUCAAGAUGAGAACGAUAAACCAGAAGCACAUAGUGAAACUAAUGGACUCUUGGAAACUGGCAAAAUGGGCAAAGAGGUUGGUGUAUCAGAUUCAGAAUCUGACAGGACUCCUAAAAGAGUUCAUUUUAAAAAAGAUAGUAGUUUAUCAGAGCAAGUUGAGACUCCUAAAAUAGCAAAUAGGAAAGAUAAUGGUACCUCAGAAAGCAGCAGUACUGAAACUCCUUCUAAAAAGCCUAAAAAAAAGAAAGGCCAAUCUGAAGCCAGCAAUGUUGAAACUGACAAUAGUCCCUCAAGUAUUAAAGAGGUUAAAAAAGCUGCUAACAAUAUGAAUGCGGACACUACCUCUGACCUGUCAGAGACCCCAUCAAAGAAAGUGAAAAAUAAAAAGUCUAAAAGCAUUGUAGAGCCUGUUCCUGAUGAGACACCUUCUAAGAAGGUAAAAGUUAAGAAACCAGAAACUGACCAAGAAACGACAUCUGAGAAAGCUGACGAAGCUGAAUCUGUUAAACCUGACACUUCACCUAAAAAAGCCAAAAUGAAGGACAAUUCAGACACAGUUGAGCCUGAAAUGCCAUCUAAAAAAGCUAAAGCCAAGAAAGUAAAAAGCACAGAAGAACCUGGCGAGGUAGAAACGACCGGUAACAAGCUCAAAGCGGUCACGUCAGAUGAUCUGCAGUCUGACUCCACAAACAGCGUUUUGAAAAAAAGUAAAAGGAAGGCUGCUGAGGAUGUGGAGAUCCACAAUGACAUUUCUUCAGAAACUCCGUUAAAAAGUAGUAAAUCUCAUGCAAAGACUCCAGACGGUGAUGGUUUGGAAAAUGAGGAAACCUCUAGUCAUGAGUUAAAAAGUCCUUCUAAAAAAAGAAAACAUAAAAGGGAAGAAGCUUGUGAUGACCCAGCACCAGAGGAAGCCACACCAGAGCCCAAAAAGUCCAAGAAAGAUAAAGAGAAGAAGAAAAGCAAGGAGGCUGAAAAUGCAGAUGGUCUUCAACCACAACCACCAGCAGAAGAAGAAGCAUCUGUUCCUGUAGAAGUAAUUCAGAAGAAAAAGAAGAAGAAGAAAGAGAAGGAGAAAGAAGAAGAAACGGAGGAGAUAAUCCCUGAUGAUCCUUCUGCAUCUGCUCCAGAUGAGGAGGUGGUAGUGCAUAAAAAGAAAAAGAAGUCUUCGAAGGAGAAACAGCCCGGUACUGAUGAAACUCAUGGACUCAACAGCACAUAAUGAAUGUUACGGCCCUUGAGACUUUACAAUCUCACAAUGUUGAAUGAAAUAAUGAUUUAACCUGAGUGCAUGCUCCGUCCCUACUGUGUAAAUCAUGUGUGUCAUAUGUAUGUAAGUCAGCAUUUGUAUGUUUUCUUGUAAUUUUAUAAGGAGGUACUUUUUGAGAAAUAUUUCGUUUUUGGUUAUCUUGCUUUUCUAUUUUUGAUAACUGGACUUUCUGUGAUUAAGAAGGAUUUUAUGCCUUUUGUAUUCUUUUAAAACCUUUUUUUAAAAAAAAUAUGAGAUCCAAGAAAAAAAAAUCAUUUGGUCAUAUAAGUUUCCUUAAUUUCACUUUAAUUUAAAAAUGUAUAAUUGCUUAAGAUCAAGAACUGAAUUCUAUAAAUGUCUUUUUGUGUUAAAAUUUGUGAACUUUAAGAAAAAAAAAUUGUCACAUUGUAUUUGUCUUUUUUUUGUGAUUCAAAAAUGCACAUAAGAUGGUUUUACUUACAAUACGUCUCACUUCAUUUUUCACAGAAAAGCACCGCAGUGGCAAGUAUGUAUCGUCGCCUUGGAAUUAUAAGGUUCUAUCUGAUGUCAAAAUUUGAGUUUCUCACAUAUUCUUAUUUUGUGACAACUUAUUUACAUCAUGUGAUGUUUCUUUGUUCGCCGUGUACAUUUUGGGCCUUUAUGAAAACAAAAAGGGUUCUGUCUAUAGAAAUCUAUGGAUUCCAAAAGCUUGGAAGCUCAAUAUCUCAAAAGUGUUUAGAAUGCAUAUAGAACCGUAUAAUUUCAAGGCGACGAUGGCCAACU